UUGUUGUUUCAGUACUGCUCUGUUUACUGCUUUACCUCAUUACUGUCCUCGUGUGAAAGUAUUAUAAACAUAGCCUGCAGAUACUGUUAAUAUGUACUUCUUGCAUUAAGUACUUUACAAUGUAAGUAAGUGAACGUGUAUCGUGUAAGUCAUUGUUCGAGACUUUGUUCACUGUUAAGAUUAAAAACGUUGCUAUUUUAUUUUCUUGUAUAUAAGUGAUUAACAAUGCGGGUUAUUCUGAUAUCAAUCUUUAUUUUAUGUAUUUCGAGUUACAGUGAUACGUAUAAACUGUUAGUCGUGUUCCCUAUUCCUGGAAAAAGUCAUUCUAUUCUAGGUAAUGCGUUUGUUAGACAUUUGUUGAAUGCAGGACAUGAGGUUACGUAUAUAACGCCGAUUCCAAUGAAAGAUGUCAAUUCAAAAUUGCGGCAAAUUAACGUCGAAUCAAAUCGAAACUAUUUUGCAGCUGAAGAAGUACUCGACAUUCAAAAGCUGAUGAGAAAGGAAGUUGAUAUGAAGGACAUGCCAACGGUCUUCACAAUGAUGUUUAAUAUUGCUAACGCUACAAUACAUCAUGAAAAUGUGCAAAAGGUGAUUCAUAACCCCGCAGAAAAAUUCGAUGCAGUAAUCGCCGAAUGGAUGUAUAGUGAAUUAUAUUCAGGGUUUUCCGCUGUGUUUAACUGUCCACUGAUAUUCUUUUUAUCUGUGAGUCCUCACAAUAUGGCGUUGUCGCUGAUAGAUCAAAUACCGAAUCCAGCGUACACCGCCGAUCAUGUCAAGUCGAACUCAAUACCGCCAUUUACCUUCUGGACGCGUGUACAAGAGUUACUCACACUUUUUGAUUGGAAGAUCUACAGAUGGUGGGUAAACGAUCGGAAUAUUAAAUCUUACGACGAAGCAUUUAAAUCAGCUGUAACGAAAAGAGGUCGUACUCUACCUCCUCUAGAUGAAAUAAAAUACAACGCGUCUCUCAUAUUCGGAAACUCACACAUUUCUACAGCUGAUGGUGUUCCUCUUCCGCGUAACCUCGUGGAAAUAGGCGGAUAUCAUAUUAGUAGUAAUGUAGAAGCUUUACCUAAGGAUCUAAAAAAGAUAUUGGAUGAAGCUAAGCAUGGAUUUAUAUUCUUUAGCAUGGGCUCUAUGCUUCAAAGUAGUAAAAUGCCGGAGGAAAUAAAAACAGGGUUGAUAAAGAUAUUUAGUCAAUUGAAACAGACAGUGAUUUGGAAAUUCGAAGUAUCGCUACCAGACAAGCCAAAGAAUAUUUUUAUAAUAGACUGGGCUCCACAGCAGAGUAUUUUGGCUCAUCCGAACUGCGUUCUCUUCAUCACGCAUGGCGGUCUUCUAUCUACGACUGAGGCCUUGCACUACAAAGUUCCUAUCAUCGGCAUACCGAUGUUUGCUGAUCAGUUCAUCAACAUUAACAGAGCGGUCGCUAAAGGAAUCGCUAAGAGAGUAGAUUUAAAUUAUAACACACCUACAAACUUAAAACUUGCUAUUGAAGAAAUCCUUGAAAACUCGAGUUAUCGUGAUCGAGUUAAUGAACUCAGCUUUGUAUACCACGACCGGGUGAUAUCACCGGGAGCAGAAAUCACACGUUGGGUGGAUCAUGUUAUAAAAACGAAAGGCGCACCACAUCUUCGUUCUCCAGCACUUCUGGUUCCCUGGUACCAAAAGUUGUACCUCGAUCUUGUUUUCUUAAUAAUAAUCGUGGUCUCCGUAUUUUAUAUUAGUAUCAAAAGAUUAAUAAUGAAGAACAGACGUGAUGUUACUUUGUCUAAAAAGCGAAGUUGA